AAGCAAGAUCAACACCAACACCAAAACCAACAUCAACAGGCGAUGGAGAAGGUAACACGACACAGCCAUGUAACUUUAUUUCACGCAUGAAGCAGCCAAAUUGUUUUGCCGUUAAGUUUUUCUUUUCCGGGAAAAUACUUCAAAACAAAUACAAUUUCUAAUAAAUUCUAAACCCUUUGCAAAUGUAACCUUUUUAAAAAACUAUAUACUCAUGAUUCCUAGUCAGUUAGACGCUUUAUCAAACCAAUUUACGUAACUGUUAAUGUGUGCUUAUCCAUUGGUGCGAUUUACCUUGUUUAUCUGUCACUACAUUUUGUAAUUUUAAAAAUGUUUGCAUGGCUGCUGUUUAUUGCCCAUUAGGAUGAAUUGAGGAUUUUUUCAAAUCUAAUUUUCAAUUGCGUGCAGUUAUUGCAUAAAAAUACCAAGCACAUUUAUAUAAUACUAUUUUCAGCUAAAUUUUCAAGUUAAUAAAAAAACCAUCAACUCAUCCCCAAGAAUACUUAGUGAUAAGUGAAAUAUCCAAAAAAGUCUUCAAUUUGAAUUGCCUAUAACAAUAUUUUUUCAACUGCAGUCUCGUAAAAACAGCAUUUCGCCACUUUAGGUACCUUGUUGCCAUUGGUAACAUAAAUUAAUGAUCUAAAAUGUAUCUUUUCAGAACAUUCAAUUCAUGAGCUAUUUGCUGAUAUAUAUAGUUUGCCAUAGGUAUAUUGAAAAGUGUUUCUGAAAUAGCUGGAUGAUUAUAACUCGAUAAUGUAGACCCUCCCUUUAAACCUUUUCAGUUAAAAAAAUCAUGCAAACAUCAUCAUGAUCAAUAAUCAUGUAAAAAUCACCAGUUUAAAAACUCUGACAGUAAAACUAUAUACAACAAGUACUAGUGUGCCACUGUCAUUGGCAUCCUUUCAAUUCCUUUGUACCCAGUUAAAAGGUCUUUUAGCUAAUUUUUUAACUCAUCGGUUUUCUUCCGCAGCUUCUAAGAAAGUGAAUAGUGAGAGCAGUGGAACCGUUGUAGUAUGGCAUAUUGUGAUAUCUUUGGUGUCUGGAAUUAUUAUUGGCAUUCUGGUUUCCUACAUUCUCUGGUGUUCUUGUCGUCGUUGGUUGAGAAACAGAAGACCUCAAUCAAAUACCGAAGCACAAACAACUGAAGCUGAUACAACUUAUCAAGAGCUUGAUCUUUCAAAAAUAAAUACAGAAGACAAUUAUCAAUCGUUAAGAGUAAAUGCUGCAAGUAAUAAUGCUGAAAAUGACGAUGAUUCUACUUAUACUGAGUUGAGCAAAACCAAAGAUGAGGAGAACAAGUAUCAAUCUUUAACAUGAACCUGGAAUUCUGUAUGAGCCGUGUUUAGUUCAAUAUGUUGGUCGUUCAUCAUUCUACACUGUUUGAUGCAACAUUGCUGAGUUUGUUACAUUGGUUUGUUAUAACAUUAUUUUGGUCAUAAAGUUGUUGCAUGAUGUUGGAUCGAAGAUUUGACUUUAUUCAAAAUUUUCAUCCAACAAUGCGGUCAGUAUAAUCUGCAGACUGCAGACCAAGUACAAAAUGCAGAAUUGGUAUAAAUGGCACGUUGUAAAACAUGGACUGGACCUUACUUGUAAAACAUGGACUUGUAAAACAUGGACUUGUAAAAAACAUGGACUUGUAAAACAUUGACUUGUAAAACAUUGACUUGUAAAACAUUGACUUGUAAAACAUGGACUUGUAAAACAUGGACUUGUAAAACAUGGACUUGUAAAACAGUCAAUGAUUCUCAAG